AUGGAGCCGGGUCGUCCCGGCCGGCAGCGGGCCCCCGAUUGCAUUCGCCGACAGAAGCGCCGGGAGCUGGAUGCUCGCCGUAGCAAAUGCCGAAUCCGCAUCGGGGGACACCUGGAACGCUGGUGUCGCCUCAAAGAACAGCUGGGCUUCGCCCUGCACUCCCAGUUGGCCCAGUUCCUCCUCGACAGGUACAGCUCCCAUGGCUGCGUCUGGAGCCCAGAGCCCAAUCUUCUCCACGCCGAUGCUCUGCAGCGCCUGGUCGUCCUGUCCCACGGUCAUGGUCAAGAGUGCGGUUUCGUCCCCGACGUGAAGCCCCCGGCUCCGGGCAGCACAACCCAUCUGGUGUGGGAGUGUGUGGCUGGGCACAGCUUCUCCUGGGGUGUCCCCGGAGCAGUGGGGGACCAGACCCCGACAACUGGCCACCAUGGAGAGGAACAACAGGGGGACUCGGGGUGCAGCUCCCCACUAGUCACCGGCCGCCGGCGCUCACUCCGACGAGCAGGGCUGGCCACAGAGUCCAGCUCCGGGAAGGGUGAAGCCGAACCGGAGGGAGCAGCUCAGUCACCCAUCGGUGAUGGGAACCGGAGGGAAGAACUGGGAGCUGUUAGUCAUGGUGGUGAUGAUGGCAAUACAGCUCCCCAAGUGCCAACGGAGACUGGGACCACGGCAAAAGAUCACGGGAGCACACUUGUCCCGGAGGAGAAAGCAGAGCAGGGGGCUGAGCCCCAAGAAGAAGAGGAGGAAGAGGAGGAUGAGGACUUUCCUGAGGAUGAUGACCUCGCCUACACUGAUGACCUGCGUGAUGAGAACUACCACCCAUCUCUGGACAGUGACUCUGAGCUGCAGCGACGACAAAGCCAGACCAAAACCCGUAAGAAACCCAUAAAGGAGGAGCCACCCCCAAACGAGCCGAGCCUAACCAGCUCCAGCCCAUCGGAGGAGAAGAGUGGACGAGUCAGCUGCAAGAGGCGAGCGCGGCCGUGCGACGAGGACGUGGCCCAGAUCGGCCCGAAGAGGAUCAGGAAGGCGGCAAAGCGCGAGAUCCUCCUGUGCGACUUCGAAGGCUGUGGCAAGAUCUUCUCCAACCGCCAGUACCUGAACCACCACAAGAAGUACCAGCACGUCCACCAGAAGACCUUCACCUGCUCGGAGCCCAGCUGCGGCAAGUCCUUCAACUUCAAGAAGCACCUCAAGGAGCACGAGAAACUGCACAGCGACAAGCGGGACUAUAUCUGCGAGUUCUGCGCCCGUUCCUUUCGUACCAGCAGCAACUUGAUCAUCCACAGGCGCAUCCACACUGGGGAGAAACCCCUGCAGUGCGAGAUCUGUGGAUUCACCUGCCGCCAGAAAGCCUCCCUCAACUGGCACAUGAAGAAACACGACGCCGACUCCUUCUACCAGUUCUCCUGCAACAUCUGCGGCAAGAAGUUUGAGAAGAAAGACAACGUCACCGCCCACAAAAGCAAAAGUCACCCCGAAGUGCCCGGCGGACCCCCCCAAAGCGAGGGGGGCCAUCGACAGACGGUACCAUCCCCACCGUUGAACUUCAGCGCGGGGACGCAGGCAGGGUCGGAGCACCCAGAGGUAGGCGGAACAUUGGCCAUGGAACCCUUGGAGAUGCCGGAGCUUGGGGACACCUCGGCAAACGGUGGUGAACCGGAGAAAAUCCCAUCGGUUGAGUAUUCGGGGGGGAUCGGGCAGGAUCCGGGCGCACCCCAAGGCCGGAUGAUGGACGGCGUUGGCUCGUAG